AUGUCUGAUCAAGCAGAACUCGGGCGCCACCAGCGGGCACUCUGGAAUCUUCUCUGUUGGAACUACCCAGCCGACAUCUGCAAGACUCUGGAGAACACGGAUCACAUCCACAACGACUUCCUCCACUAUCUUUACAGUAUUCUGCAAAAUGCCAGGGCAAAGCCGGCGUCGUACCUCACCGCGAGGCUCGCAAGCCUCCCAGACACCACAGCGAAUGAAAUGAUUGCGGCUCUGGACGCUUUGGACAUCCGCGGGCCAGAGCCCACAGAUUCGGAAUCAAGUGAGGGGUCAAACAAGGGAGAGAAGCCGCAGAGGCCUGAGCUGGAGAGCAAGCCGUACUUCCACAGCUGCGAGCGCGAGUGCUUCUGGCUUAUUGUCUUGGAGCUGUUCAAGGCAGGCUGCGUGGGCCAUAAGACCGACGGGUCUGCGCGGGAGGAGAUAUCAGACUUUCAUGCUCUGCACUACUUGUACAGGCUCGACGUUGAGGAUAGUCGAUGUCGGCGAUAUGAGGAAGUGGAACUGAGAAGCCCUACGCACUCAUGGUACCACGAGACGUCCGAUAAACAGGUUCUGUGGUGCGUGAGGCGGUUGUGGCCGCUUGUGGAAGACAAGCUCAAGAGCAACGGGGAUCAAAUCCAGGCCGCAGAAGAUGUAGACAUGGCACACAGUGAAGGGUCUUAG